AUGAAUUUCAUUGUGAACGGAGUUCGUUCUAUUAUAUUUGGAUUUCAUGCAUAUGUGUUCCUUCUUCAAAGAAAAGUGUAUACUUUAGUGCUGUUAGAUCUUCCUGGUCUCUUGUUUUUCUCGACCUACACAUUGCUUGUGCUAUUCUGGGCAGAGAUAUACCAUCAGGCUAAGCAUCUUCCCACUGACAAGCUAAGGACUAUAUACAUUGCAGUUAAUAGUGUCAUAUAUGUAAUUCAGGUUUGUAUUUGGGUAUACCUUGGAAUAAAUGACAAUCCUCUCAUGGAGCUUGUGAGCAAAGUAUUCAUAUCAGCUGUCUCAUUUAUAGCUCUUCUAGGAUUCUUAAUUUAUGGUGGAAGGUUAUUUGUCAUGCUGAGACACUUUCCAAUUGAAUCAAAGGGGCGGAGAAAGAAGCUUAUUGAGGUUGGGACCGUGACAGCAAUUUGCUUUACCUGCUUCUUGAUAAGAUGCAUUGUGGUGGCAUUUUCAUCAUUUGAUCCUGAUCUAUCUCUUGAGGUUUUGGAUCAUCCAGUUUUGGAUUUCUUCUACUACAUGUUGACAGAGAUACUGCCCUCUGCCCUUGUACUAUUCGUCCUGCGGAAACUUCCUCCCAAGCGUGUAUCAGCGCAAUACAACUCUAUUCGUUAG